CUGCUUUUUCGCUGUCAGGAAAGUCGUUGGGCUUUAGCAUCUGCUGUUUAUCAUCAUAUUUACGAGGAUGCUUGGAGUAAUGUCUCCUAAAGAUGUCAUCUCCCGCUUAAUAUCACCGAGAUAACUUCAUCGGGAUUUGUUCGUACUUUUACGGGGUUUUAAGUUGUCUUGCAAGUAGCAGACAUCAACGGAAAGAGGAAUUUGUUCGCGAAGUUUAAGAGCGCGCACCGCUUCUUUUGUCCACAUGAUCGACGAUUGGAUUUCUAUGCAAUUAUCUUGAUACGUUUUUCGAUUUUAGUUUAGUAAAGUGGAUACAAGAAGGCUGCUUUCACAGUCACAUGCCUUUAUUCAUAAACAUUUGUCGCAAAAUACUGCGGAGAUUGUCCGAGCAACGAGCUGGGGGCUCGUUUCAUUUUUCAUGUGUUUAGACAAAGUUACCACAUCACGCAGGUGUUGGAUUAAUGAACACGUACGGACUGUUAUAAGGUCGCAUUUCGCUAGAAAGGUGAAAACUAUCCAUUCGUGCCGUGAACUGGCAAGACACAUCGACGGGAAGAAAAAAAUCUGCAAAUUUAGCAGGAAAAGAAGCCAUCAAAAUCACGGAAAUCGCUUCGUCCUUUCCCUCCAGUCUGCUAUACAGUGCAUACGUGAGUUGCUUUCCCUCCAGUGUGAAAGCAACUCACGUAUGCACCUGUAGUAAUAUUAUAAAACAUUCUUAACUACUGGAUCUCAAAUUUGUUGUUCAGAUGUGUUUAUUUUAUACUUUCCAUACAACAUUCGUACCCUUUUCAAAAAGCUACAAUGAUAGAGCGACGGACGUUUAGCCUACCUCUUUUAGAGAAAGUAUUAGCCAAGGUGCGAAUGGAUAUUGUUUUAUCGCUUCAUGAAAUGUCAAUAUUUCAGUCGUAGUUGCCCACUGUUACGCCUGCUUUGUGUAAAGGAGGUCUCCUCGCUGCUUUAAGGAAUACGUUUUAUUCCUGGAGUAUAUAAACUCAUGGGUGAUAUGGGAGACCCUGAGGGGUCCGCGCACCUGGAAGCGCUUUAGCAAUGGCAGCGGCCUGUCCACUUUGCCCCGCAGGUGGAGAGGAUAUCUGCGGACAUUCAUAUUGAUUUAACAGUGAAAACAACGUUUCUCCAGGCAUUAUACACCGAGUUCGAGAGAGGGCACAGAAAGUGGGGGAGUGGAGAGACCUCAUCUGCAGGUGUAAGGUCAUCUGUACUUCACCGAAAUCUCAGCAGAAGAAAGUGAGUCACGGUAUUCUCCGGUCAACGUUCUCAGGAGGGCACGUUUGUAAACAGAGAGAGGGCCAUUGAUGUGUGACACUAGAGGACAGUGUGUGUGAGGACCUCCGAACCUGAACUCUGAACAAGAGCACACACAUUCACAUCAUCAAAAUGAAUGAGAGACAGGCUCUCCAUUCAAUUAUGAAGGAUCUGGUGGCCCUGCAGAUGACCAGGCGCCAGCCUGCAUCAACUUCCGACACUGCAAAACCAAAACCUGUCAGCACUGCUAACUCAUCUGACAGAAAGGAUGAUGUCAGGAUUAAGUUUGAGUUCUGUGGUGAAAAAAGGAUUCUGAUGUUUGGGCGGCCGGUGCAGUUUGAGGAAAUCCAGCAGAAAGUCAAAACAUUCUUUGGUCAGCAGUUGGACUUGCAUUAUAUGAAUAAUGAGCUGUCUAUCCCCCUGCGUAGUCAGGAUGACUUGGAUAAAGCCAUUGAUCUGCUGGACCGCAGCUCAAAUAUGAAGAGCAUCAAGAUCUUGCUGCUGACACAGGAACAAUGCAAUGCCUCUUCUCCAUCUCACCACACAGUGUAUAAGCAGGUUCGUAUCAAAACUUCACAGUCUACCGGUGAUGUCAGCACUGCCUACCAGUCCUCAGAACCAAGAGGACGCCACCACUCUACCAGCUCUCAAAACACUGGGCGAAGUUCUCCACCCCCUGGUUAUGUUCCUGAGCGUCAACAGCGAAUUGCACGUCAAGGAUCCUACACCAGCAUUAAUAGUGAGGGGGAGUUCAUACCCGAAACCAGAGAUCAGUGUGUGCUUGAUCCUUGGAGCAGCGCUGAAAACUCAGUGUCUGGCAGCUGUCAAUCCCUGGACAGCAACUCUGACAGCCCUUCACUCAGGAAGCCGCGCACACACAGGUUUAAGAGUUACUCUGACAACCGACAAGACUGUGCAGACCGGGAAAACCACAUGUAUGAUAAGAUUGUGGGAAAGGGUGGGACGUACCCUCGGAGGUAUCAUGUGUCCCUGCACCAUAAAGACCACAGUGAAGGUCGACGGACAUUUCCACGGAUCCGCCGGCCCCAAGGCAACCUAUUUACGUUGGUGCCAUCACGCCGAUCCCUGAACGGCAGUGAGGAGAGUUUGGGGAGCUGGCAGCUGGUUGAUGCGCAGGCCAGACUCCGCCCACAGGACCGCGCAGUCCCUUAUAAGUCCCCUACAGCUCCAGUGACAUGGCGUAGAGGGAAAUUGCUGGGUCAGGGUGCUUUUGGGAGGGUGUAUCUAUGCUAUGAUGUAGACACAGGCAGAGAACUUGCAGCUAAACAGGUUCAUUUUGACCCUGCCAGUCCAGAGACCAGCAAGGAGGUAAGCGCACUAGAGUGUGAGAUACAGCUGUUGAAGAACCUGCACCACGAACGAAUCGUGCAGUACUAUGGUUGCCUUAGAAACCACAAUGAGAAAACCCUCACCAUUUUUAUGGAAUAUAUGCCAGGGGGCUCAGUCAAAGACCAGCUGAAGGCCUAUGGGGCUUUGACAGAGAAUGUUACACGCAAGUAUACCAGACAGAUCCUGGAGGGCAUGUCCUACCUUCACAGCAACAUGAUAGUCCACAGGGACAUCAAAGGUGCCAACAUCCUACGAGAUUCAGCUGGCAAUGUGAAGCUGGGAGAUUUUGGUGCCAGUAAACGGCUUCAAACUAUUUGCAUUUCCAGCACUGGUGUGCGUUCUGUAACUGGAACACCAUACUGGAUGAGUCCAGAGGUUAUAAGUGGAGAGGGGUACGGGAGGAAGGCAGAUGUCUGGAGUCUCGGCUGCACUGUGGUGGAGAUGUUGACAGAAAAGCCUCCGUGGGCUGAAUUUGAGGCCAUGGCAGCCAUAUUUAAGAUCGCUACUCAGCCUACCAACCCCCUGCUUCCCUCUCACAUUUCUGAGCAUACGCGAGACUUCCUCCACAGAAUAUUUGUGGAGGCAAAAUACAGACCGAGUGCAGAGGAGCUGCUCAGACAUCCAUUCUCCCAGAUCUUGUGCUGAUGAGGCCCACCAUCCAGAGGAACCAGUUCCCCUGUUGAGAACAUUUUAAAGGCUGUUCAAAUACUAAAGUCGUGAUAAGCUCAGUACAGGAUAUCAAAGGCAAUCUACACUUUCAGAACAUGUGACCUGACAGCAACCAAUCAGCUGUUUGAGCAGGAUGAGGUCACAAAACUGGUUUGUUCUACAAUGGUUUGAAGAGCUGUGAUGUCUCUGUAACAGCAGGUGGCGGUGCAGGAUUCUUUAGUGCAGUAACACUUUUAUUUCAGGAACAAAUAUAUUGAUGGUGUCACUUAACAGGAUGAGCAGAUGCAACAAAUACAAUACUGUUUGAAAAUGUACUUUAGGGUAACUGAGCCACUUCAAACUUGACUCUUUGGCUAUGUUCAGAAUUUAAUUCUGGCACACUACUUAUUGAAUACUAUACAGUAUACACUGUUAUACUGCCUACUAUUUCUUUUUCAAUAGUGAAACAGUUGAUAAACUGUUUUACAAACUGUUAAAAGUAUGCUACACAGUUUUUGUCACAUGACCUUAUUAUGUUGAAUGUUUAAUUCAACAUGUGGCAUGCUGUAAUCAUUUUGGACAUAUCUGUUUUUUGCUGAUUUUUAUCAAAUUUUGUGCAGAAAUGUCUUAACACAGCUGAUAGUACUUAAGGUUAAUUCAUCACAUUGAAAGUGAAAAGUCCAGUCAGGAGCGUUGCAUUAUGGGAUACAGUAUUCCAUGCAGUAAGUACUUUUAUUAUAGCAAAAAAGUAAAUGUAGUAAGGUAGUAUGUUAUUUUGAACAUGUCAUCUGUUGUACAAUGCACAUUGUGGCAACUUUAGUGGGUCAUCUUGGCAUUCAGUGCAUACAGAACAUUUGCAAACUGUACAUUGAGUGCAUUCUAGUAUAUACUGCAGCAAAAGUAAAAGUGAUAAGCUAGUUUGCUAUUCCGAACAUGCCUUCAUUACAUUAACCACCAAAUGUGCCUUCUAAAGCCAACAGGGUCAAUUCCAGUGACCCUUAAAUGAGUGUGCAGACAUCAAGUAUGUCUCCUAAUAAUGAAUGUUUCAUACAGUCCACCCCAGAUUUAUAAGGUUUUACAUCCUAUUUCUUCUUCCAUACAGAAGUCACAGCACUUCUCCAUGUGCACCUAUUGUUUAAGUCUCCAUGACUCCAGGCACUUAGUGUUAAAGUAAAUGUAAUAGUUGUGACUUGGUUUGUUCCUGCUUUAAUGUGUGCAAAAGACAUUGACAGAGUGCAUGAAAUUUCCUGCGCAAGUCAGCCUCACUUAAGGUAUGAGGUUUGUAUUUAUGUGUCGCUGGGCCAUCUUUGCUUCUGAUAAGAGUUAAUCUGGUACAUUUUGAAAACUGCCAGACUUGCUCUGGGGUAAAUUGUUCUUCACAGAAUUGCACUUCCUUAAAUAAUCAUUAGCAUUUUAGUCUGUGACAGAAUAUGGUCAUUUUUGGCUUAAUGUCAAAAAGUGUUAUAAUGAUAAAGUUCUCAUACUUCAGAAAACGUUUUGUACCAUUAUAGUGCCUACUGUGUCCUCCUCCUAGUGAGAGAGAACUCGUAAAGUACUUAAAAUGCAGCUAAUCUCACUAAUAAUAUUCCCAUGAGAAGAUUCCCAUGGUGAAAUUUUUAGAUUGGGAUUCUUGUUAGGUAUUUUGUUAUUGAACUGAUUAUUUUGGGUGUGGUGAGAUAUUGACAACACAUUUGGAUGUUUUCUCUCAAACCCAGCCAAAGAAAACAUUGGCUGGGUUUGAACAAACCAUCGAUAUUAAGAAGGUGUUGUGCCUUAAACAUCGUAUGGCAGUAUAAUGUGCUCUUUUAAAUCAGAUGCACUUUUGUUAAAUGAAUGUUGAAUUUACCAAAUUUUUUAUUUGUUACACAGAAUGUGAAGCCUUGUUCACUUUUAUUUAUAUCCCAAUGUUCAGCCUAUAGUGUGUGUGUGUGUGUGUGUGUGUGUGUGUGUGUGUGUGUGUGUGUGUGUGUGUGUGUGUGUGUGUGUGUGUGUGUGUGUGUGUGUGUGAGAGAGAGUGAGAGAAUCUAUUUUUAUAUAGUGACUCAAGAGCGUUUGAAAUUGAAUUAUGCUUUUAGGAACAGAAGAUGAGUCACUGUGUCUGUAAAAACAAAAAGAAGAAUUGUAAAAGCAGCUGGUUUUGCAGAGACUACAAUGUUUUUUUGUUUUUUAGCAUGUGUUAAUUUUUGGCUGGAAAUCAAGCUCUGGCUGUUAAUACUCUGCCUGACCUGUGCAAGUCACAAUCCCUCUGUACUCUCUUUUUACCUUGUGUUUGUCAGUUUCUAUUUAUAUGUCUGUUGUUGCUGGAAGUGACCAGUACCUUGAAUACAAAAUUUCUUAAAUACUGUAAGUGCAUUAUUCUCAGACAAACAUGUAUUCACUUGUUGCAUCUUAGUAAAGACUUGCACAGAUGUUGCCUUUGUUAAGCUAUUCGGUGUCAAUAUAGGAAGAAUAAGAAAAGUGUAACAGAAAGGUUCAGUCUAAGUGAUAGCUCUCCCUAAAAUGAAAAUUCAUUGGAUGACACCAUUUUUUUUUUUUUUCUUUUUUUUUUCUGUGAAUACAAUAAUAUAUAGAAUGUAAGUACAUCGGACUUUGCAUUUGUGUGAACUGGGAAAAGUCUGUGAAAAGGCAUUACAUUUUCAUUGGGAGUGCAUUAAGAGGUAUUGCUUAAGAUGGUAGGUUGAUGCCGGGGGCAAAUUUACACUCAGUUUGACGACUUUGUUUAGCUCAGGGUUUGAGUGACAGGUGUCCAUCACACGACCACACCAACACUGACCACAGGACCGGUGGUCCCUUUUUUUCUUUCUUUUUUUAAAUAAGUAUUUUGGCCUUAAAACAGUAACAAAUGGAUCAGGUGAGAUCUCCAAUAGCUGCUAGUUAUUGUUAUGGCAGCUAUGAAUCAGUAUUGUACCAAAGGUCCUGUCUCAGAGAAAUGUCACAGUAAGUUUAGUUUUAAAGAACCCUGGGAUAAGCAAAUGAAUAUGAACCAAUAGGUUAAAUAUACAAUAUAUGAUUAUGGUUAUGUAUCUUGACAUGAGACUUGCAGUGCAAAGUCCAGUGUAUCAAUUAUUUUCAAAUAAAAUAAUAU